AGACCAAGCAGCAAGGUUUGUAAAAAUUUUCAAUCGUUUAUGGCCAAGACAUAGAUCUACAUAAGGAAAAGAGUCAUUCUCUUUUUUGUUUGUCUGUUUGUUUUAUUUUAUUUUCUGGUUAUGCAUGUAUAUUAACUUUUAAAAUAAAUAUUUCUUUAUGAAUCAUGUUGGGAGAGAAAAAUCAGAACAAAAAAAAAAUACAAGAGGGAAAAAAAACAGAAAAUAGAAGUGAACAUAGCAUGUGUUGAUUUACAUUCAAUUUCCAUAGUUAGCUUUUUGGAUGCACACAGAAUUUUCUACCCAAAGUUUACUGGAAUUGUCUUGGAUCACUGAACCACUGAGAAGAAUCAAGUCUUUCACAGCUGAUCACUGCACAAUCUUGCUGUCACUGUGUAUAAUAUAUUCUUGGUUCUACUUGUUUCACUCAGCAUUAGUUUAUAUAAAUUUUUCUAAGCCUUUCUAAAAUCAGCUUCUUCAUAAUUUUUUUAUAGAACAAAACCAAUCCAUUACCUUCAAAUGCCCAACAGAUAGGCAUCUACUCAUUUUCCAAUUCUUUGCUACCACAAAAAGAGCUGCUAUAAACAUUACUGCACAUAUGGGUCCUUUUCCCUCCUUUAUGAUUUCUUUGCGAUACAGACCCAGUAGUGACAGUGCUGGAUCAAAGGAUAUACACAGUUUAAUAGUCUUUUGGGCAUAGCAAAUUGCUUUCCACUGUGGCUGGAUCAUUUUAUAUCUCCACCAACAAUGUCCCAGUCUUCCCACAUCCCCUCCAACAUUUGUCGUUAUCUUUUCCUAUCAUUUUAGCCAAUCUGAGAGAUGUGUAGUGGUACAUAAGAGUUGUCUUAAUUUGCAUUUCUCUAAUCAAUAGUGAUUCUCUUAUAGCCUUUCUUUGUGCUCCCAGUUCUUGAUAAAGUGGCUGAUACAUAAUAAAUGCUUAACAAAUUAUAUUGGUGUCUUUGGACUAUUAUUUGUAAAAUACUUCUAAUGGUUGAAUGUAUGAAUGUAGUGCUUGAACAGAAGAAAGUAGAAUCUACUUACAAUUAAAGGAAAAUAUAUGCAUGGGAAUCUAUCAAAAAAGGUUGAGAAGUGGUCACAGAGAUAGGAGGAAAUCCAAUAAAGAACAGUAAUAUAAGAACCAAGAGAAGUAAGGGUAUCUAUGACUGCUGCUUUAUAAGAAUUUUAGGUCUGGACUUGCUAGGCCACCAUCCUUUGUAUUUUUUUUUCAUUAAUUCCUUUUUGUUCUUUCAGAUGACAUUUGUUAUUAUUUUUUCUAGCUCUAUAAAAUAAUUUUUUGGCAGUUUCAUUGGGAUGGCACUGAACAAGUAGACCAAUUUAGUCAUUCUCUUUAUCCUAAAUUUUAUUCAGAGUUUUAACCAAUAAAUAGCAGUGCUUUUUGACCUCACUCCUGUUCCGAGGAUUCUACUAUUAUCUAUUAUAAUAUUCUACUAUUAUCUAUUCUAGCAAAAGAGUAGGCUGAGUAACAAUUUUAUUACUUAAGGAGAAAAAUGUGAAAAGUAUACAAUAUCUUGACUGAGAACAGAUUAGUUAAAAAUUGUGAGGGGUAGAUAUUUUAAAAACAAAAAGAUCUAGAAACAUUUACAAAAAGACCCACCAACUUUCAGGAAGUAUGUGGGUUUCUGAGUUGUUUUUUUUUUUUUUUGGUUGUUGUUUGUUUGUUUUUUUAAGGUGAAGACUAAAACCGUUAAUUUUUUAGAUGCUUGAUUUUUUUUUUCUUUUUGGCCUUUUAAAAAUAGUCCUUUUAAAAUUUUCAUUUCCAAAUUUUCUCCCUUCUUUCAGGUUCUCCCCCACCCACAGGGAAGGCUAGCACUAAAAUAAUCAUUAUAUAUAUUAUGUCAUGCAAAAUAUCCUUCCCUAUUAGCUAUUUGCAAAAAAAAAAAAAAAAAAAAAAAAUUAAAAGGCAAGGGAAAAAGUUUAAAAAUGAUUUCUAAUUCUACAUUAAUAUUCCAUCACAAUCACAUGUCACUACUUGUUCCAUCAUUCCCCAACUAUUAGGUAUUCCCUCAAUUUUCUAUUCUUUGCUACCAUAAAAAGAGAUGUUAUGACUUUUUGUAUAUAUGGGUAAUUUUCCUUUUUCUUGAUUAUCCUGGGAAUAUGGAAUUGGUACUGGUUUAAAAAAAAAAAGUAUAUAUAAUUUUGUUUUGUUUUGUUUUGCUGAGGCAAUUGGGAUUGAAUGACUUGCCCAGGAUCACAUAGCUAGGAAGUAUUAAAUGUUUGAGACCAAAGUUGAACUCAGGUCCUCCUAACUUCAGGGCUGAUGCUCUAUACAUGCGCCAUCUAGUUGCCCCUAGGUAUGUAUAAUUUUAUAACCCUUUCAACACAGUUCCAAAUUGCUUUCCAAAAUAGAGCAUUUCACAAGGCCACCAACACUGCAUUAGUGUAUCUAUUUUGCCACAUUCCUUCCAACAUUUGUCAAUUUCCUUUUCUGCCAUGGUUUGCCAAUCUGACGAAUGUGAACUGGUACCUCAAUAUUGUUUUCAUGUGAAUUUCUGUUAUUAUUACUGAUUAAGAAGUUUUUCCCUCCCUUUUGACUAAUAGCUUUGAUUUCUUCUUCUGAAAACUAUGCUGAUAUUAUUUUGGCCAUUUACCAAUUGGUGAAUGAAUCUUACUUUUAUAAAUGUGAUUUAGUUCUUUUAUAUAUAUGACAAAUAGACAUUUAUGAGAAAAUUUCAUCCCAACCCCAGCUGACCUAAGUAGUAGGCCACUACUUAGUCUACAAGCCAUAGAGAUCAAAGCAAAGGGAAAAGGACCAUAUACACAAAAAUAUUUGGAAUAAUUGAAAUCUGAAGGGAUGCCAACCAAGUAUGAAAUGGCUAAACAAGUAAUAGUAUAUGAAUGUGAUGGAUUAAUACUAUGCUAUAAGAAAUGACAAGCAGGAUGGUUUCAGAAAAACCUGAGAAAAAAAGUAUAUGAACUGAUGCAGAGAGAAGUGAACAAAAAGACAUCAUUAUACAAAGUAACAGAAAUACUCCCUUUUGGGAGUAUUUUUUAAUUUUAAUUAAGGAUAACCAACUGUGAAAGAUUUGGCUACUCUGAUACCAUGACAAAGAUCCAAGAGAAUUCCAAAUGACCCUUAACUUUCAUGAUAACUCCUAAUGAUUCACCAAACCUGAAAGAUGCUAUUUACCUCCAUAGAGAAGUGAUGACCUCUGAGUACAGAAUGAAGCAUACUUUUUUCACUUUUUUUCUUGAUUUUUGCUGUUUUUGCAACAUGGCCAAUAUAAGUUUUGCAAGACUUCGAAUGCAUAAUUGAUAUCAAAUUACCUGCAUUUUCAAUAGGUGAGGGAGAGUGAGAGAAUUUGUAAUUUAAAAAAAAUUUUAAUAUUAGAAAGUUUCCAACUUUCCUCCUAAUUAUUGACUGCAAUGGUUUUGCUUGUGCAAAAUAAAAAUUGCUAUUUAAUAAUCUUCUGUGAUUCUCACUUGUCUGAUCAUAAAUUAUUUUUCAAAGAAAUCUUUGAACAGGAAUCCCUAGCCAAAAAGAGAAGUAUUUAAAAGAACUGACAUUAGAGGAAAACUGGGGGGAGGGGUGGUCAGAGAGUGAGGCAGAAGGGGGCGGGGUACGGCUCACGCAUUUGCGCAGGGAACUACCAUUGGUCUACCUGUUGAGUAUAGAGUUGGAGACAAGUGGGCGGAUCCCUUCACAAGAGGCAGAAAUUUCAUGGGAUGAGGCGGAAAUGACCUAAGGGGGUUCCCAUCACAAGAGGCGGAAAUGACACAAGGGCUGAUCCCUUCAGAAGAGAAAGAAGUGAUAAGAGGAAGUAGGGUCCCCUCAGGAUGAGACAGGCAUGGCCGCAAGCAGAGGCUAUUUGGGCCUAUGGGGAGUCACUAGGCGGCUAGUACUAGCCCCGGGGUUGUGGUCACCUCUGCUAGCCGACCUUGGUGAACGGGGCAGCAGGCGGGGGCUCCGCAUAGCCCGGGUGCAGCUGCUGAGGCGGCUGCCGAGUGGGCUGGCAAGCAGCGCGUCAGCAGCCUGGGCUUUCUGUGGCCGGGGACCCCCCGUGCAGGGCGCGGCUGAGUUCUGGGGAAUGUGGGAUGAGGCCAGCAUCCAGAGCAGCUGUACCCAGGCAAGUGGCCCCAACAACUACAAUGAGAGCCUUGAGGGUGGGGACAAAAACUGGCCUGGAGCCACAGACGGGGUAGGGAGUGAGGAGGACCCUGACACCAACGCCCUCACACCCAUGAUGAUCCCAGAGAAAUUUCCACAUGUGCCGCUCAUCCCCAUCUCCCGCAACCCCGUGUUCCCUCGCUUCAUCAAGAUCAUUGAGGUUAAAAACAAGAAGUUAGUUGACCUGCUGAGAAAGAAAGCUCACCUUGCCCAGCCAUAUGCAGGUGUCUUUCUAAAAAGAGAUGACAACAAUGAAUCUGAUGUGGUUGAGAACCUGAAUGAAAUUUACCACACGGGGACUUUUGUUGACAUUCAUGAAAUGCAGCUUCACGGGGACAAGUUGCGUAUGAUAGUUAUGGGACACAGAAGGAUUCGAAUAAACAAACAAAUAAAACCUGAUGAACUGAAGCUAGAAAAUAAAAGGAAAAAAAGAAAAAAAUCCCAGCGAGCCAAGGAGGCAGAGGAGGACCAAGGUGCCAAGGACCAAGUGAUGGACUUGGUGAUAGAAUCUGCCACCAGUUCUGGUGAUGAAAUACUGAUGGUGGAAGUGGAAAAUGUAAUCCAUGAAAACCUCCAAAUCAAUGAGGAAGUGAAAGCUCUUAUUGCAGAGGUUGUGAAGACAAUUCGGGAUAUCAUUGCUCUGAAUCCCCUCUACAGAGAGUCUGUGAUUCAGAUGGUGCAGGUUGGGCAGAGACCUCUGGACAAUCCCAUCUUCCUGAGUGACAUGGGGGCAGCACUGACAGGAGCCACAUCUCAAGAACUGCAGGAUGUCUUGGAAGAAACAAAUAUUCCAAAUCGGCUCUACAAGUCCCUCUCUCUGCUCAAGAAAGAAUAUGCGCUGAACAAACUACAACAGCGUCUAGGCCAGGAGGUAGAAGAGAAAAUCAAGCAAACUCAUCGCAAGUACCUUUUGCAAGAGCAGCUAAAAAUUAUCAAGAAAGAACUAGGCCUGGAAAAAGAAGAUAAAGAUGCCAUUGAGGAAAGAUUCCGAGAACGUUUAGAGGGCCUUGUUGUUCCCAAGCAUGUCAUGCAAGUGAUUGAUGAAGAGAUGAGGAAACUGGGCUUUUUGGAUAAUCAUUCAUCAGAAUUCAGUAUCACCCGAAAUUACUUGGAUUGGUUGACUUCCAUACCCUGGGGCAAAUGUGGUGAUGAGAACCUGGAUCUAGUCCGAGCCAAGGAAGUCCUGGAGGAAGAUCAUUAUGGCAUGGAAGACAUCAAGAAGCGCAUCUUAGAAUUUAUUGCCGUGAGCCAACUUCGAGGAUCAACACAAGGAAAGAUCCUUUGUUUCUAUGGCCCUCCAGGAGUGGGCAAGACGAGCAUUGCUCGUUCCAUUGCAAGAGCUUUGAGUAGAGAAUAUUUCCAUUUCAGUAUUGGAGGCAUGACUGAUGUGGCAGAAAUAAAGGGACACAGGAGAACAUAUGUUGGGGCCAUGCCAGGGAAGAUCAUCCAGUGUCUGAAAAAAACCCAGACAGAAAACCCCUUGAUUCUGAUCGAUGAGGUGGAUAAGAUUGGACGGAGCUAUCAGGGAGACCCCUCUUCUGCACUGCUUGAGCUUCUAGAUCCAGAACAAAACUCCAGCUUCCUGGAUCAUUACCUAGACGUGCCAGUAGAUCUGUCCAAGGUUCUUUUCAUCUGCACAGCCAAUAUUACAGAAACCAUCCCUGACCCUGUGAGAGACAGGAUGGAGAUGAUCAAUGUCUCUGGUUAUGUGGCUGAGGAGAAACUCGCCAUUGCAGAGCGUUAUUUGCUUCCACAUGCCCGAGCCCUGUGUGGUCUCGAUGAAAGCAAGGCUAAAAUCUCAUCAGAUGUAUUGACUCUUCUCAUCAAGCAAUACUGCCGGGAGAGUGGUGUCAGAAACCUGCAGAAGCAGGUGGAGAAGCUGUUAAGAAAAUGUGUCUAUAAGAUAGUCAGUGGGAAGACGGAGUAUGUGGAAAUAACACCAGAGAAUCUACAGGACUUUGUAGGGAAACCCAUCUUCACUACAGAACGCAUGUAUGAUGUAACACCACCAGGUGUGGUCAUGGGUCUGGCAUGGACUGCCAUGGGAGGCUCUACCUUGUUCAUUGAAACCUUGCUCCGAAGGCCCAAGGAAAAAGAUAGUAAAGAUGGGAGCCUAGAAGUGACAGGUCAGCUGGGGGAUGUCAUGAAAGAAAGUACCAGGAUUGCCUACACAUUUGCCCGGGCAUUCUUAAUGCAUGAAAACCCAUCUAAUGAUUUCCUUUUGACCUCACACAUCCAUCUUCAUGUGCCUGCAGGUGCCACCCCUAAGGAUGGACCCAGUGCUGGCUGCACUAUUGUCACAGCACUGCUCUCCUUAGCCAUGAACCAGCCCAUUCGGCAGAAUGUGGCCAUGACAGGAGAGGUAUCUCUCACUGGCAAGAUCCUUCCUGUGGGAGGCAUUAAGGAGAAGACCAUUGCAGCCAAAAGAGCAGGGGUCACCUGUGUCAUUCUCCCUGCAGAGAACAAGAAGGAUUAUUAUGAUCUUGCAGCCUACAUUACUGAAGGGCUGGAAGUGCACUUUGUGGAACAUUAUGAUCAGAUCUUUGACAUUGUCUUUAUCCAAGAGAAAAACUGAGGAACGAUGAACUUUAAGAGACCCUAAGGGUAGGGGAGGCUUUAGCCAAAUUCCAAAAAAAAUUUGAAGGUAGAAACUUGGACAAAAACUUCAAGGAUCAGUAAUGCUGAUAAGGAAUUGAGUUAAUUGAUUAAUGAUUGUUUGAUAUAUACAUAUGUAUAUAUAUAUCAAACAAUCAUAUAUAUAUAUUAUCUUACAGAGCAAUUUAACUUGGAGAAGGCACAUUAAGCUUGAAAGUGCAUUGUGAAAAAAACCAUUUCCAGUCUAAACAAAAAACUGAUACCUAAGAUAAACCAAAAAACAACAAAUUGUGAGAAUUCUCAAAAUCUUGGACUGGCUGAACCACUAAUCUUUUUAGAAGGUUUUUCAGAGAAAUUGAAAAGGAGAGGAAUAAGGGGGGAAAAAAAAGAGAAGGGAAGAAGGGUAAUCCCAAAGUAAAACUAUCGCCAAAGAGAAAGUUCAAAUUAAAGAAACCUACAAAGUUAUUAACAAGAGAAACUUUGUUAUACAGUGACUUUGCGACAUCUCAAAUAAUAGAAAUUAUAUUACUCAUCUGAAUGACUGAAGAGAAAUCUAAUCAUUUUAGCAUAAAACAUAAAUAUAAAUGAAUUAAAAUUCACAAUAAAAUGAAAGUCAUAGGAUGCUUUAAAAACUCAAAAAUCCAAGUACAUUUAAACUGAAAGUGUUCUAAAUGAAGCUAUGUUACUGCCAAAUCAAUAUACUCAUUUCACAUGACUCUUCCACUCCAUCUCAAUUAUAUGUAUAAGUAUUACUGUAUUUGUACAACUGAUUACCCUUUAUUCCAUCUUCUCUAAAAGAUGCCUAUGCGUCAUUAUGAUGAUCCCCCUUUGGUCAUUCCCACCUCAUCCCAUUUGCUGGUGGCUGCUUCCCCAUUAUCUACAAACAUGAGUCUGUGUCCCUCAUCCUCAAAAAAACCUGACUUGAUCUGUCCAUCUCCAUUAGGUUUCAUCCUAUACUUCUCCUCCUUUUUGUGGCUAAUCUGCUUUAGGCCAUCAACAAUUAAUGACUUUACUUUCUUUCCUCUCACUAUUCUGAACUCUCUCUACAAUUCAGAGUUCAAACUCAUCACUCAACUAAAACUGCUCUGACAAAACUCUCAUAUACCAAAUCUAAUAUCCUCUUCUAAAUACUUAUAUUGAUUUCUCUGUAGCUUUUGAUUAUGUCAAUUACCCUCCACUUAUUUUCUUCUUUCUAAGUUUUCAUGAUAGUACUCUUACCUUAGUUCUCUUCCUUCCUAUUUGAGUAAACUUUCCCAGUUUCCUAGAUUUUCACAUAAGGUCAUACUCCCACUGUUUGGGUGUCCCAAAAAGCUCUGUAUUGGGCCCUUUUUUCUUCUCCCUCCUAUUCUAUUUCAUUUGGUAAUCUCAUCAGCUCCUAUAAAUUUAAUUAUCAUCUCUAUGUUGAAGAAUCUCAAAUCUUCCUAUCCAGUCUUAAACUUUUCUCCUAACUCUCCAGACUCUCAACUCCAAAUGUCAACCAACUGUCUCUAAAAUGAAUGUCUCAUACACAUUGUUAAACUUAACAAAUUCAUUCUUUUCUCCAAAACCUGUGGCAGUAUAAGAGGGACUUCCAAUGUUUGACCUUUGCUACCAGUGGUAUCAGAGCAGCUAGGUGGUGCAAUGGAUAGCGCACCCACAAGAGUCAAGAAGAUACUUCCUCCUGAGUUCAAAUCUGUCCUCAGAAAUUUACUAGCUAUGUAACCCUAGGCAAGUCACUUAUCUCUGUUUGCCUCAAUUUCUCUGAAGAAGUAAAUGAUAAAACACUCAAAUAUCUUUACCAAGAAUACCCCAAAUGGGGUCACAAAGAGUCAGACACAACUGAAAACCCUACUGAACCAAUACCUAACUUUCCUAUUGCUUUAAGAUGAUACUAUCAGCCAACCCAGAGUCACAGAAUAGGUGUGGGUUGCAGCUCCAGACUCUCAUUCCCUAUAUUCUAUCUGUUGCCAAGUCCUACUGGUUUUACCUUUGUAAAAGGUAAGAUACCUUUUGUAUCUCUCAUAUAUGCCACCAUAUCUCCUCUGACACUAACAUCACCUUAGUGCAAGUAUCCCUGCCUUCUGGUUAGGAUCCCCCACUCCAGACCAUCUUCCUCUCAGCUAUAUAUAUAUAUAAUAUAUAUAUAUCUCAGCUAUCUGUGAUCUUCUAGAAGUUCCAAUAAGGAGAUGUCAAGCCUCCCCUUACUCAAAGCCCCCAAGUCGGUUAGGGUUAGGAUUAGGGUUAAGAAAUGCCAGUAGCUGUCUAGCACCAGGAUCAAAUAUUAAGUUCUGACUAGCUUUCUAAGCCCUUUGCCAUUAUCCCCACCACCAUCUUUCCAAUCUUCUUAUACCUUACUCCUUUCUCCUCUAAUCAGUGACACUGGCUUCCCAUGUUAUUCCUUGCAAAAGAUACACCUUCUCUUGACUCAGGGCAUUUUAACCAGUUGUCCCCCAGGCUUGUAAUUCUGUCCCUUCUCACCUCUAGCUCCUGGUUUCAAGACCCAGCUAAAAUUCAACCUUUCACAAGGAGCCUUUAAUGCUAGUGGCUUUUCUCUCUCGACUCCAAUCUAUCCUAUAUUUUAUUUGUAUAAAGAUGUUUGCAUGUUGUCUCCCCCAUUAGAAUGUGAGCUUCUUGCGAGCUAGGAUUAUCUUUUGCCUUUCUUUGUAUCCCCAGCACUUUGUAAUGCCUGGCACAUAACAGGCAUUUACAAAUGCUUAUUUCCCUUACAAGUGUAAGGGGAACUUAUAACAACAAAGCUGAAUUUCGAUCAGAAAAAAAAUUUUUAAGCUAGUCAAAAUAUUA